CCCUAAAUUGCUUUGGCUGUGGUGCGUACCAGAACAAGUAACUAGUAUGUACGUGAGGAAUGAUAGGUCGUGAGAGAUGCUUUGGAUGACAUUUAGUGAAUGUGAUAUGGUAUUUGGAGUAGAACAGUGAGCAUUCACUUCCCUUCAUAGAAGUCGAAGGGCCAGCGAAUCUUAAUUUGAUUCUGUUGCAUUUUCGGAGUUGUGAACACGCCACGCCCGGCCCUCAAAAAGUCACCAGAGGGUGGGAUAAGGAGCUCGGUCCCCUUUGUCGCCCGCUUGUGAUUAGUUCCUCAUGCAAAGUAAUGGCAAUGGUAAAUUGAAAAGCGUUUCUCGCCUGAUUGGCAGAAUGAAAACGCUGCAAGUAAAAGCUCAACGGAAGGACGACGCAGACGAUACGCCAAGUCCACCUCCCCAUGUUCAUAGAGCUGUUACUCAUAAAUCGUCACCAAAUAUAAUCAAAAAGCUAUCCAAUGAUCAGUUUGGCCUGCGAAAAGCUUAUACAGCCGGCGACGAGCUUGCUGAUUUGGAUUUUGCGCCUUUUCUCGGAGACGAUGACCGCUUUCGACCGAAUGUGCCCAAUGAGCUGUGGCAGGGUAUAUUCGAGCUUCUCGAUGUCGAUUCGCUAUUUUCAUGCCAUCAGGUGAGCAUUAUUACCGGGUAGCGGAUGGUAAAAUACCGAGCUGGUAGCCCUAAGCAUGCAAU